CGUGUCCCUCCGCGCGCCGCCCCCGGCGCCGCUCCCGGCGCCUUUAACGCCCUUCCCGCCGCUCUUUCCCGGUGUCCCGGCGGCGGGGGACACGGAGCGAGCCGCGGCUGCGCCCGGGACGAGCUUUGUGUUGUUCUUGGAAAGUUUCGCACCACUUGUGAAUUCCCUGAACCUUGGCCUUGCCGGCCCCCUUGUGUUGGGCCCUCCUCCCUUUCAGCUUGCCCAAAUUAAGACCCACUUGGCUCUGCAGUCGUGGUCCUCGGUGUCCGGCGGCGGCGCGGCCCCUGCCCACGCUGGGUUCCGCCAGGCAUUGCCCAAAGACGCAAUGUUUAGCCCCAGAGGAACCUUGCCCCCCCGGCCCAGGGGACCCAACCCCUCGGGCAGCAAGCCUCCGGGAUCCUUCGGGGGAGGAGGGGCGGCGGGGCCGCAGAGGAAACCGGCGCCGGGAGCCCCCCAGGCAGCGCCCCAGAGACCCCCGGGCCAGGACUCGCUGCAGUGGACGGGCUCCCAGAGGAUCAACGUGCGGGUCACGCUGCACAGGGCGGAUCCCAGGAAGGUCAAGGAGAAGAACAGCCUGCACCAGGAGCAGAAGGGAGACCCUCGCCCCAACCGCUGGGACAGCGGCCCGUGCCCGGCCGGGACGGCCGCACCAAAGCCGCCCGCGCCGGUGCCGGUGCUGGAGCAGAACUCGAGCGCCCAGAACCGCUACACGCCCGAGAGCGCCUCCAGCAUUUUAGCGAGCUUCGGGCUGUCCAACGAGGACCUGGAGGAGCUCAGCCGCUACCCCGACGACCAGCUGACCCCGGAGAACAUGCCGCGGAUCCUGCGCGAGAUCCGCAUCCGCAAGAUGGGCCAGCCCGUGCCCGGCCUGCGCGCCCCGGCCCGCGGGGACGAGCGGGGGGCCGAGCCGGGCGGCGCGGCCGUCAAGGGCAAGGUCAUCGACUACGGGCACGCCAGCAAGUACGGCUACACCGAGGACCCGCUGGAGGUGUGCCCCUACGGCCCCGAGGGGCUCCCGGAGCCGGCCCUGGAGGCCUGCGCGUACAACGCCGAGGGCCCGGGCGCGGACGGCAGGGAGGACGUGCCGCGGGAGCAGAGCGUGCCGGUGCCCGUCCCGCCGCCCGCCGUGCCCUGCAACCCCGUCUUCCCGGCCGACGACCUGAUGAAGCUGCCCGGCUUCCAGGGCGACUCCUCCGGCGCCCCGCCGUUCUUCCCGGCCGAGCCCCCGGCCAAGGUGUCGGGGCUGUGCCCGGCGCCCGCCGCGCUGCCCGUGGUGACGCCCGUGUCGCAGGCGCCGAUGCCGCCGGUGCUGCCGCCCAUGAUGCCGGCCCUGCUGCCCACGCCGCUGGCGCAGCCCCUGCUGCCGCCCGUGAUGCCGCCGCUGGUGCAGCCGCCCGUGUCCCAGCACGUCCUGCCGCCCAUGACGCCGCCGCCCUUCUCCGCCGGGCUCCUGGCCGCCAUCAGCCAGCACGAGCAGAAGCAGCGCGACUCCGGCAGCGGCUCCGGCGCCUCCGGGAGGUCCGGAGGGGGCCACAAAGGCUUCCACUCCGAGGGGCCCAUCAAGUCCCCGUUCGGGGUGGUGAAGGCGUCCUGGCUGCCCGUGUUCUCCGACUCCCAGAAGAGCAAGCGCCUGCCCACCCCGUCCAUGAUGAACGACUACUAUGCGACGUCGCCGCGAAUAUUCCCACAUUUGUGUUCUCUGUGUAACCUUGAAUGCACUCAGAUGAAGGACUGGAUCCUGCACCAGAACAACCCUUCCCACAUCGAGAGCUGCCGCAAGCUCCGCCAGCAGUACCCGGAAUGGAACCCCGAGGCUCACUCCUCCAGCAGGACUGCUGGGGACAGGAAGGAGAACCAGACCCCGAAGCACCGCUCCAGCUCGUCCAGCCCCAGCCGGCGGCGGUACCGCCCGGGGGGCUCCGGGUACCCCCUGCGGCGCUUCCGCUCCCGCUCCCGCAGCCCCGGGCGCUUCCGCCGGCCCCGCAGCCGCAGCCCCCCCCGGUACCUGCGCCGGCCCAGCCCCCGGCACCGCUCCCGCUCCCCCCAGCGCUCCCGGGGCUCCCUGAGGCCCGGCUCCCGCUCCCACCGCUCCUCCAGCUCCGAGCGCUCCUCCCGCAGGUCCAGCCGCUCCGAAGACAGAAAGGCAGCACUCGAGGCCGUCAUGAAAACCCUGGGGCCGGAGUUCCUGGCAGAGUUCAAGAAGCACAAAUCACUUCAGGCAGCUGUGCAGGGAUCCUUGGGAUCGGGAAGAUCCUCGUCCACUCAUGGCCCCCCGGGGAAGGUGUCUGGGAGUGUGAAGAAGCCACUGAAGACAAGUGCUGCUCCAAAGGCUCCCAAGAAGGACGGGUCUGCCGCGCCCGGGCCGAGCUCUGCCUCGGCCAAAACGGAGGAAUCAGCCCAAAACAAGGAGGGGGAAGAGGAUGAGGAAGAUGAAUCCGCAGGGAGCAGCAAACCUCAGUCUGCUUCUUACAACAGGCUGCUGAGGGAGGACCUGCUGAGCUGCGGGACCGUCCUGCAGAUCUCGGACCUGCCCGACGACGGAUUUUCGGAUCAGGACAUCAAAAAGCUGGUGCAGCCCUUCGGCAAAGUGAGCGACCUGAUCGUGCUGCGCUCCAGGAACGAGGCCUACCUGGAGAUGAACUACAAGGAGGCCGUGAUCGCCGCCGUCAAGUUCGGGGAGACGCAGCCGGUGCUGCUCAACGGGAAGCGCAUCCGGAUCAGCGUGGCCGAGAAACCCCGGGCACCCCCCGGCCAGGUCAAAAAGACCAUUAAAAAACGAGUUCUGACUGUUAAAAAAACUUCAGCAAGUACCAAAAAAGUUCCGACCACCAGCACCAAGACCCCCAAACCCCCGACAGGUAAAAAGGAAAAGCUCAAGAAAUCAGCAGUGCCAGGGGAACGAAAGGUGAAGAAAACUCCAAGUGCUGCAGAACCAGCUGAGGAUGGAGAUCCUGAGCCCUCGGCAGAGCCCGGGGUGGGAGCUGAGGGAGCGGAGCCGUCGGAUCCAAAGAGUGCCACGGAAGAGGAUGGAAUCCCAGAGCCUGCAGUGCCCAUGGAGAGCCAGCCCAGUCCCUCACCUGUGCCAGAGCCUCCAGGCACGGGCACGCCGGGCGAGGAAUCCACAGAUCCAGCCGGGAAGGACCUCGAGGACCUGUGUGUGGUCCUGGUUUCCAACCUGCCCGACAAGGGAUAUUCCGUGGAGGAAGUUUCCAACCUGGCAAAGCCCUUUGGAGGCCUGAAGGAUAUGCUGAUUCUGUCCUCUCACAAGAAGGCAUAUCUGGAAAUCAACAGGAAAGCUGCAGAUUCCAUGGUGAAAUUCUACACCUGCUUCCCCAUGUCCCUGGAUGGAAAGCAGCUCUCCAUCAGCAUGGUGCCUCAGUACCAGACUGUCAGGGAUGAAGAAGCCAUAUUUACUGCCCUGAUUAAAGAUUCUGACCCUCAGGUGAACACUGAAUCCAUCCAUAACCAGUUUGUGCACCUGGGGAAUUUGCCAGAUGAUGGAUACAGGGAGCUGGAAGUGGUUUGUGUGGGGCUUCGCUUCGGGAAGGUCGACCAUUAUGUUGUGCUGAAGAACAAAAACAAGGCCAUCCUGCAGCUGGACACCCCCAGGUCAGCCCGCUCCAUGCACAGCUUCCUGCAGCAGUACCCCUACAGCAUGGGGGAGCACACCCUCAGCUGCUCCCUGUCCCCACGGGGGGACCCUGCCCAGGCCGAAGCUGGGAAGAGAGACCCGAAGAGAGAGGAAGGGAGCAGAGCAAGCGCUGGCUCGAAAAAAUCUCCCGAGGGAUCAGGAGUGGUGCCAAGAGCAGCUGCUGAUCCGCCAGGAGAGCCCAGGGGGGCAAAGAGAGGAGCCACUCCCGCCUCCAGUGGCACGGAGGAGAUCCCAGCGGGACAGACGGAGCCCCCCGAGCCCCAGCCGGGAGGAGCAGCGAGGGAGUCACCUGGGAGCCUGGCCCGGGCGGCUGUGGAGGACGUGGAUACUGGGAUUGGUGUUCCCGUGAAACCUGCUGGCACCAAAACACCUGGAGAGAGGUCGGAGGAGAAGCCGCUGCCGCCUUCCAGUGCGGGGACGGAAGAGGCUCCUAAAGGUCCUCCUGAACCAAAGCUGCUGGAGAAGGGAAGCAAGGAGGGGGAUGAAGAGUCGUCUGCCCCUGCCAUGGAAGCACUGGGAUCGUCCAGCAGGGCUGAGGGGGAUCCAGCAGGGCGUGGGGUGAUCCCAGCAGCCGGGGAGGCAGCGGGGGCCAGCCCUGGAGCAGUGUCCCCCAGGGAUGAGGGGGCUCCCAUGGACACAGUGUCACCUGCUGUCACCCAGCCAGCCAACGAGCUGGCUGCUCCUGGGAAGAGCCCUGUUCCUGAGGCUGGGAAAAGCAACCCUGAAACGUCUGGAGCUCCGGUGGCCGAGAGGAGACCUGUCCCUAAAACCAGGGAGGCCCCAGGGAAGAGACUGGAUGUGGCUGGAGCAGAGGAGGGUGUGCUCAAAGCUGGACACGCUGCGGAGGAGAACCCCGGGAAGCUCUUGGGCAAGGCUGGGGCAGAGCUGGAGAAGCAGCUUGGAAAAGCAGCAGCCAAGGCUGGGGCUGCUCUGGAAGAUGCUCCGAGUGCCGUCGGUGGGAGCAACGCGGGAAGUUCGGUCAAAAGCCACCAAAACAAAGGGACGGGAGCGGCAAACCCCGACAGAAGCCACCCGGGAGCUCCACUGAACCCCUUUUUGUCCCUCAAGGAGCCCGCUGUGGGUAAAACCCUCCUGAGGGCAGUGGUGUCUAUCCCGGAUAUCUUCAAGGCCAGGGCCCCAGCGAAGAGCAGCGAGCCCUCCCCGGGCAAAGGGGGGGAGCAGAACCCCCCCAGAGCCGAGGGCCAGGCAGGGGGGGACAAGAAAACCCCCUCCAAAGCAGCCCAGCCCGCAGCAGGGAGCGCCCAGGGGAGAGGGAGCGGCAGCUCCGGAGUGGAUGGACAGGGAGGCAGUGGGAGGAGCUCAUCCCAGCAGGAGAAGGACUCCCAGGUGGAAUCUAGGGCUGGUUCAAAACAGAGCCAAGAGGGAGAGAGUGGAACCCCCGGCACGGAGGAGGACCCCGGCAGCACUCAGGGUCCUGGUGGGGACAGGACCAGUGGCGCUGGCAGCAGUGGGAAGCAGAAGGAGGAAGAAGAGCUGUUCCCGUUUAACCUGGACGAGUUUGUCACCGUGGACGAGGUGAUGGAGGAGGUGGAGUCUCCGGUCGUGCCGCGGCGAAACCCCCCCAGGGGCAAGAGGAAAGAGGGGGCCAAGCCCAGCCCGUCGGAGCCCGCGUCCAAGAGGAGGAAAGGGAAGAGCUCCGGGGCCAAGGGGGAGCCGUCCUUCGUCACCCUGGACGAGAUCGGGGAGGAGGAGGACGCGCCCGCCCCGCCGGGGGACCCCCAGGGGCUGCUGGUGGUGGACGAGGUGCUGGAGGAGGAGGAGCUGUCGGAGGCGGUGAAGGACCCGCAGGCCCUGCUCACCCUGGACGAGAUCUCGGAGCAGGAGGAGCCGGGGGCCCACAGGGACCUCCCCCAGCCCGCGUUCAAGGAGCGGGACCUGAAGGCCGAGCCCCUGGUGACGGUGGAUGAGAUCGGGGAGGUGGAGGAGCUGCCCCUGAACGAGCCCGCCGAGCUGGGCGGCGAGGAGGGCAAGGGCGGCGCCGCCGACUUCGCGUCCUCGCAGGUGCCCGACGACCCCACGGCCCUGGUGACCGUGGAUGAGAUCCAGGAGGACAACGAGGACAACCCCCUGGUGACCCUGGACGAGGUGAACGAGGAGGAGGACGAUUUCCUGGCGGAUUUCAACCACCUCAAAGAGGAGCUGAACUUCGUCACGGUCGACGAAGUCGGGGACGAGGAGGAGGAGGAGGAAAACGCUUCCCCGGGGAAGAGUGCACACAAGGAGGAGGAUGAGGAAGACAUCGUUGCUGUGGCAGGACCAGAAGAAGAGGAAAUCGCUGCCAGUGCAGGACCAGAGGAGGAGGACAUUGUUGCUGUUGCAGGACCAGAAGAAAUAGGAAUUUUGGGGGAUCCGAAUCCAGAAGAGGAAAUCUCUGCAGUCUCCAAGCCAAAAGCAGCUCAGCUGGGAUCAGGAGGGGCAGAACCAGAGCCCAAGCAGAAGAAAGCGACUGUUCUGGGUGUCCCCAAGUUGCAGAGCACUCCCAAAGGGAAACCCAGAGGAACCACCCCAAACUCUCCAGGCUUUCCUGGUAGGAAGGACUUUCCUGUCUGUUUAAAACUCCUUCCGUGUCCUACAGCCACACUGAGCCUCGAAGUCAGGGCCCAGAAUCCAUGAUUUUUGUCCUUUGCUCCUCCAAAUCCGUGUUUAACCAGUUGAAAGCUCAACAGGGAAAGUACUUUUUUCCUAAAAUUUACAAAUACAGGCAAA